AUGACGAAAAAAAACAAGAAUGUUAAGAAGAGAGUUACCUUUUCAGACGAUACCACUAUAACUACUCAUCAUACCCACAAGAAGAAGGAUUUGGAUUAUGAUCGUCCACCUGUUUAUAUUAGAAAAACUUUGACAACAGUCCCCUUUCAUUUGUUGAUAUUAUUAUACUAUUACAUCAAAGUGUCCAAUAAUUACGAUACCUUGAGUUUACUUCUUACCUUGAUUCCAUUGCAAAUUGCAUAUUUGAUCUUCCAAUUCAACAAGUGUACGAUAUAUGGUAACAAGAGAUUAAAGAUUAAUGUUCCACUUUUGCUAAUAACAAUUGGAGGUUCUAUAGUGCUUAGUGUGCCGGCCAUGAUUAUUAUUAUUCUGUUUGGUGCGCCAUUUGUUGAACAUAUAUUUCAAACUUGGCUAUUAGCCUUACAUGCCAGUUUCCUAGCCUACCCAGCCUUGUAUUCUGUAUUUAAUUGUGAUUUCAAAGUUGGCCUAUGGAAGAAAUAUUUCAUUGCAAUUUUGAUAGGUGGUUGGAUCAGUUGUGUGGUUAUCCCUCUUGAUUGGGACAGGGAGUGGCAAGUAUGGCCAAUCCCAGUGGUAGUUGGGAUAUAUCUGGGUGCAUUUGUCGGAUAUUCGAUAACUGCAUACAUAUAG